UGAACCCUGAGGCUGCUCCUCCUGCCUCCAAACAUUUUAUAGGUACCCAGGAGCACAGAAACAGUGGAAGCCGCCAGGAGGAGAAUCAAGAGAAAACCUAAGAUUUUCAAUAUUCAAAAGCACCCGCGGUGGUGGUUGAUGUCGAGAACACUGAGUUCACUGUAGAGCUUUGUAACUGCUGGGCUAAUUCUUUUGUCUUUCUGGCUCAGCCAAGGAGGGAUCAGUACGUACCUGGGACUGGGAGGGAAUGUACACGAGAACCUCCGAGGCCGUUUGGCUUGGCUCUGACUCACCCUGACUCUCCAGUGAAGCAGAAAGGAGAAAACAUCACACCACCCAGGUGUGGUCAGACUUUGACCAUUAUUGUGAAUCCCCAAGAGUUACCACGGUCCCUUUCUAAGUCCUCAUUUAGCCUUAGUUGUGGUUACACUAAGACUCUCGGCUCAGGGAAGCUGUAGAAGAGGAGACAGGAUGAGGCGGGAAGAGGAGGAAGAGGAGGGAACUAGGAUGAAGGCAAAAGGGGACUUAGAGAUGAAGGAAGAGGAGGACAUCAGUGAGACAGGAGAACUGGUCGGCCCUUUUGCAAGUGCGCCACCCACCCCAAUACCCCACAACAGGGGGACCCGGUUCUCUGAGGCAUGGGAGUAUUUCCACCUGGCCCCUGCUCGGGCUGGGCACCACCCCAACCAAUACGCCACCUGCCGCCUGUGUGGCAGGCUGGUGAGCCGUGGCCCUGGGGUUAACGUGGGCACCACGGCCCUGUGGAAGCACCUGAAAAGCAUGCACAGAGAGGAGCUAGAGAAGAGUGGCCACAGUCAGGCAGGGCCGCGCCAGGACGCAAAGCCCCCAGGGCCUCAGCUCCCCAUGGGCAUCGAGGGCGACUGGGCCAGGUUCCUGGAGCAGGUGGGGGCCCUGGCUUUAUGGGCCAGCCAAAAGGAAAAGGAGGUACUUAGGAGGGAGAGGGCAGUGGAACGGCGGGAGAGGGCCGUGGAAAGGAGAGAGCAAGCCCUGGAGGAGGUGGAAAGGGCCAUCCUGGAGAUGAAGUGGAAGGUGAGGGCUGAGAAGGAGGCCUGCCAGAGGGAGAAAGACCUGCCUACAGCAGCUCAUCCCUUUCAUUUUGUUUAACUCGGGCUUGGGGGAAUCUUUUCCGAAAACACUGACUUUAGACUCAUAGCAAAGAGCUUAAGUAUAAAGCAAAGUAGUUUAGCUAGAUUUUCUUUUUAGGAGAAAGAGUGCAUAGUAUGGGUUUAUUUCAGCAAGUCUGCAUUGACCAAAUGCUUAUCGACAGGGUUCCCAGAGCUGUGCUGACCCUUGGCCAAAACUUAAAAAUGUACUAAUUAAAGAUAAAUGUGUUGUUGCCACCAUGGGUCUGUGAAUUGUUUUGGAGCAGAAUGUACCAGCCUAUCAACACUGAUGAGUGAAAAUAAUGGGAUUUACGCCUAGCACUUGGUUUUGGUGGAGUUGAAAGUUUUGAUGGUUUAGGCUGGUUGGGUAGCUGGAAUGUGCCUACGUGACCAGCUCACUCUGAGACCCUGCCAUGAGCAGAGGGUAGGUUUCCUGGGACCGUGGCGUUUGCACUUGUUCUGGUGGUGAUUCGAGAACUGGAUACAAAGCCUGUUCUUUGGGCCCACAGUGGAAGGACAAAGAAGCUUGAGCCUGUGAUCUCCGGGCCCCUCCAAUGCAUAUCUUUCUCCUAUUGUUACAGUGUUGUAUCACCUGCUUAUAUUAAAGCUGUGUCAUC